AUGGCCCUGACGGCGACGGGAACAUGCAAGGGCAGCUUUCUUACCAGGACAAGCGGUGAAAGGAAAAAAGGGACCACGAUCCUGGCCUCUUUUCCCGUCGACGAAAAGGACGGUACAUCGCCAGCUAUUGUGCUCCGUACGGACAGGAUAGCUGCCUCUUCGAUACAUUUACAACAGAGCCGAGCUAUUGGCAGCUCUGUCGACGUGUCCGUUUCCGCUGUUGACGCUUGGCCGUGGCCUAUACUAUGGAUAUUCGAGGAGGCAGUGACGUCUCAACGGCCUGUCUUUCGUUAUUCCUUUUGCUGA